AUGUCUGAUCGCGUCGAGGACCCCGUUCCCUCUCCUUCCGAACGCAAACGCUCACUCCCUUCAGACGAUGAAGGAGAAGACUCGAGUAUAGACGAAGGCCGCGGUCGUUUCAAAAGACCUGCACUCAACAGCUCUGGAGCAGAGGAUGAUAUUGAAGAACAGACACAAGUAGACGUGAAAAUAGAGCCGGAAGACCACAUUGGUGCGUCCCCUACAAGAUCUGCCGAGGCUAUUGAAACCAGCGAGAAUAAAUCUCCAGACAGCAAAGACAAGCUUAUCAAAAACGAGCAAGAAAUUGUACAGCAGCAAAUAAGUCUUAGAGCCUUGGUAACCACCAAAGAAGCUGGUGUCAUUAUUGGAAAAGGUGGGAAGAAUGUUAGUGAGAUUAGGGAUAGAUCCGGGGCUAAAGUCACUAUAUCGGAGAUGGUUCAAGGUGCAUACGAGAGGAUUUUAACUGUUACUGGACCAUUGGAUACUGUUGCUAAGGCCUUUGCAUUGGUCGCUCGUAAAGUUUUAGAUGAAAGCCUGGAUGCUCCAUCUACACCACAGUCAAAAUCCACAACAAUCCGUUUACUUGUACCACAUUCCCGAAUGGGUCCAGUAAUCGGAAAAGGUGGAUCCAAAAUUAAAGAAAUUCAAGAAAAAUCCGGAGCUCGGUGUUUAGCAUCGGAAGAAAUGCUUCCGCAAUCAACUGAGCGCACGAUUUCGAUCACCGGAGUACCCGAUUCCAUCCACAUAGCAGUAUAUCAUGUUGGUGAAGAACUUGCAAAACAUGCAAAUGAUCGCACAGCCGGGAUUACUCCGUACAGACCUCAACCACGGGUAAUGUAUCAGCAUAGUCCUGUAACGGGACAACAUCCAUUUUACGGUGUGCUCUCAGCGCCACCGCCUCCCUACGGGAGAGACUUCAUUCCUGGACCGCCUGCACCGAUGAAUCAACCGCCACCGGGAUCGCAGGCACAGCAAAUUUUUAUUCCGAACGAUAUGGUUGGGUGUAUUAUUGGUAAGGGUGGAAGUAAAAUCAACGAAAUUAGGCAAUUGUCAGGCUCACAUAUCAAGAUUGCAGAACCUCACGGAAAUACUAAUGAGCGAUUGGUGACAAUUACGGGCACGCCAGAGUCGAAUCAGAUGGCACUAUAUUUGUUGUAUAGCCGGCUCGAGGCAGAGCGAAGGAAACCAAGCGUGUAA